GCAAUGCUAACUGUAUUUCCGAACUAAAUUAAUGACUGUUUUUUAAUAACAGAUGGGUGUGUUUGUGCUGGUUAGUGUUUGUAGAUGCUGUGGUUUUAUAGGAUACGUGGAUUAUGAAUAUAGUUUACUCCAGUCUGUAGUUCAUACCUUCACAACACCGGAAUGCAGCUGCUGUCAGUUCAGUGCUAGCUAGGCUAACAGACUGCUGGUGUUAAUCUGUUUACCUCUCAGACGCUGACUUUACGUGUACCGUUCUGCUGUACAGCGUUUCCAAAGUGAAAACUCUCCAGAUAAUGGACUUUUGUGUAGAUAAACAGCUAAAGUUACUCAGUCAGCCGCAGACUGAAGCUGCUGGGGGUUCAGGGUAAACUGUUAAACUGGAAUCCUGAUCAGGGAUGCGUUUUGUGUUAACGUAAUGGCGGGUUUAUCGUUCAGCUCAAGCUUUGGACUGGGAUAUGGAUCGGUUCAGAAUGGAUGAAGCGGAGAAGUACCAACAGAGGCUGCAGGCUAUAGCGGAGAAAAGGCGGCUGCAGGAAGAAGAGGAUCGAGCCAGACGAGCACUGGAGGAUGAAAAACUCAGAAUGCAGCAGUUAAAGAGAAAAUCUCUGAGGGAUCAGUGGCUAAUGGAGAGUCCUCUAACUUCACCAGACCCAACAGGACCCCACUCACCUCUGUGGGGUCCAAAAGCCCAACAGAUGGAAGCAAACAUACACAAGUUGCAGAGCGAGACGGAGCGGCUGAGUGAGGCAGUAGGGAGGAUACAGGAACACAUUGAGAACAGCUCAGAUUCGGCGGAGGUGCACACAGGUCAUCACGGCAACGGAGAGGGAGAUUCUUCAGAGACAGCAGGUCAGUCGGUGGAGGUCAGGGGGGUCACAGACGUUGCAGAGAAAACUUUGGUCGCCCCACCCCUCACAAAUGGCACCAGCGAAGUGGAGAACUCCCACAAGGCCCCUCUGCAGGAUGGACUCACUCAUGCUAAUGGGCUAGCAGAAGGUGCAAUCACCCUGACCUUCCUGGGAUUCUCAGAGGCGGAGCCUGGCCAGGGAGUAUGUGACGAUGACAGUGCCAUCAUCCGGGCAGAAAGAGUGAUCAUCACAGAUGAAGGAGAAGAAGUUUUAGAAGUUCCCAGACUGGAGGUUGAGGAGCUGGUGGAGAGAGAGGAGUCUGCAGAUGACAGAGAGGAAGACACACAAGCAGCUGAGAACCAUUUAGAAACUUGUGGUGCUGACCAGACUGGAGAGGCCACUGUUACAGAGGUGGAAAACAAUGACACAGAUGCUAAUGCAGAUGCAGAUGCUAGUGCAGACGCAGAUGCUAGUGCAGAUGCAGAUGCUAAUGCAGACGCAGAUGCUAAAGCAGAAGCCAGUGCCGAGACCAGCAGUGGGAAGAGCAGUGAAAAUCUUGAUGCCAGUGCUGAAGCAAGUGCUGAAGUAAGUGCUGAGGUCACAACACCUGACUUAAAAGAAAAUGCAGCUGAAGGAGAUGUGGAGCACACAGUCCUGGAGCAGCUAGAGACCAACACUGGAACAUUACAUGAUGCUGUAGAAGCUUUCAAGGCUUCAAUGGCCAUUUCAGAGCUGUCUGCAGCUGCGCACUCUGACACAGCCCAUCAAGAGGUGCUACACCCUGUAUCAUUGUCCUCAAACUCUACAGCGCCCGCUCCAUGCUCCCCAAGCCAGUUCCAGGACAUUCCCCUGGAUGGUGCAGUGGAGGUGGUGGAGUCCAGCCGUAAGCAGCCGACUGAUGGUCAGCUGGUGGAGGAACAGCCACUGCUGGCCUCUAAAGCCGCACCACUGAGCGACACAGCCGGCCCAAGCCGGACGGAGGGGGUCGGCGGCCCGAAGACAAAAACCUGCCAGUGCUGCACAGUUAUGUGAUGCAGUCAUGUGAUUCUGACCACCAGAGUCAGUCACUUAUCUGUUUCUGUCUGGUGGUGCCCCCCCUGCUGCUGAUCCACCUGAACUACAACGCUAAAGGCUGCAUUCACAUUUCAAGCUUUAUUGAUUGGUUCUGUGUUCUAGCUUUUUACCAAUACACAGUAGGCCAUAAUAUAAAUAAACUGAGCAUCAAUAAUCAUAUGAACUUGACCAUUCUAAUUACAGGCACCAUAGGCAAGUCCACAUAAACUGUGUAUUUCUUAAAUGGUGAAAAAAGUCAAAAACACUUUUUAGAACAGGUUUUGAUGUUUAUUUAUAAUUGUUUAUUUAGAAGAAGAAACACGCACAUUCUCAAAGGACAGCAGCAGCUGAGCUUAAAAUAAUUCUUAACAACAAAAUAGAAGUCUUAGUGCACAGCAAACUUGCUAUUAUUAAAGCACCACUUCUAGUGUUCAGUUAACACUGUGAGAGUUAAAAUUCAACAAUAAAUCAAUGGGGUCAGGGCCUUGUUUAGUGGCACAGUGAUGGCAGCUUGCAGAAUCAGAUAUUAAACCCACAACCCUGUCAUCACCCUGUAACCACUGAGCAUUUACUCCCCCUAAUAUCAGUUUGUGUAAUGUGAAUGCAGCCUGCAUGUCAUGCCAUGAUGUGCCUUCAGGUUUUUAAACAUGGAAAUAACAGCAGGUUUAAGAGCUUUAACUCCACUGAAAACUGACAUUACUGCAUUUAGUGCCUUUUUACUCUGGAAAUUAAUUUUGAUUUAUCAGUUUUACUGGACUUAACUGGUUGAUAUUUUAAUUUUUCCUGGAUUGAACUGGAUUUUCCAUCUGGUUUCUACUAGAAGGCCAGUGGCAUCAAGAGUGUCCCAGUUUCCAUAUAAAAUUUUUCAUCCUAACUGGAGCCAAGAAGAAUUUCCAACUGGUAUUUCACUGGAAUUUGACUGGAUGUAAAACUUUUUUAUUUGACUGGAUGCGGCUUUGUAUAAAUUUACCAGUAAAUAAACCAUGCAAAACCAAUUAAUCCAAUCAAAUGAGUCUAUUAAAAAUGCAUAUAUGUAUAUAUUACAUACAUACGUACAUAUUGUCAAUGUCUAAACAAAACCUCAUAUCUCCAAAGCUGCAACUUUACUUUCAAAACAAUCUUCAUUUUCAGUUGGAGUAAAUGUAAAAAAAUGUAUUCCAAAUAAUUUUGGAGCAUUUCUGUUAAUCAAUUCAUAAUGAAAUUCAGACACAAUAUAAAGAACAUAUUGAUCGAGAUUUAGGAAAUACAGUGUGUGUGUAAUUAAACUGUAUUUAAAUUAAAAACUAGAAUAAAAUGUUACUCAUUCUUUUUUCUAUUUUUUCUGUAAACCCUUCCUGAAUUUCUGGACUUUCUGUAACUGACCCAGAGUGACCCUGAGCGAUGUGGACAACUGAAGAAUGAGUGCACUGUCGUUCUUUUAUGAUUUGGGAUCUCAUUCCUACAGCCGCGCUGCUUCAGAGCCACUGGAGCCAACACUACCGUCCACUUCUGGUUACCCAACAGCUCCACAACCGUCCACCCAGACUGACUGACCAAGAAUUAGAUGUUACAGGUUGUGAUUGUUACAGCUUUUACCACCAGUUUGGGUGUUUAUUAUAAAAUGACUGAUUACAAAAUUAUCACAUCUGUAAUCAUUCUUAUUUUCUGCUGUUUUAGCGUGCCUGACAUUGAACUAUAAACUCUGUAGUUUGAGGUUGUGGGAUCGUAGGCCUGUAAAAUGGCAAAGGCUAAGGUUUGGGGGUGAACUGUGCAUCCCUUUAUGGCCAGAAAUGUUGUUUUAUUGUGUUAAAGCAAGUGUGAAAAGUUAUACAUGUGAAAAUAAUAAAUGUUUUUGCUUUCUAUUAA